AUGAAGGAACCCGAUGCCAUUAAACUUUUCAUCGGGCAGAUCCCACGGAAUUUGGAGGAGAAGGAUCUGAAGCCCAUCUUCGAGCAAUUUGGGAAGAUCUACGAGUUGACAGUGAUUAAGGAUAAAUACACGGGCAUGCACAAAGGAUGCGCGUUCCUGACGUACUGCGCCCGGGAAUCGGCCCUCAAGGCGCAGAGCGCGCUGCAUGAGCAGAAAACGCUCCCAGGGAUGAACCGGCCGAUCCAGGUGAAGCCAGCAGACAGCGAAAGCAGAGGAGGCCCCGAGGGCUGUAACAUCUUCAUCUACCACCUGCCCCAGGAGUUCACUGACUCCGAGAUCCUGCAGAUGUUCCUGCCCUUCGGGAAUGUCAUCUCUGCCAAAGUCUUCGUGGAUCGGGCGACCAAUCAGAGCAAAUGUUUCGGGUUCGUAAGUUUUGACAAUCCCGCCAGCGCCCAGGCUGCCAUCCAGGCCAUGAACGGCUUCCAGAUCGGCAUGAAGCGCCUGAAAGUGCAGCUCAAGCGACCGAAAGACGCCAACCGGCCGUACUAA